GAAAUCUUGUUGCUACUCAAUAUUAAUAUACUGUUUGCAAGAGAAAAUGGCCGAGGAGAGGAGGGUGCCUGACAGUGUAGUGAAUAACUCUCGAGUAGAUAUCAACUUGCGACGCAAUCAAAAUGUAGUAAGAACAUUGAGGAGGAUUCGGCAAGUAAUUGCUGACACUGUCAGAUCUUAUCAGUGUUCUGCGAAUAUAGUAUAUCGUCCUCUGUAUAUGGCUAAAGCAAAGUUGAUGAGAAUAUCUACCGAAGUAUCACAAGGUACUUAUAAUAAACUGAUACAAGCAAUUGAUGCUUUGCUUUUACUUAAGAGAGAAGAGAACCAGAAAAGAAGUUAUGUUGCAGUCAGAAAUGGGAACGGUAAGGUAAACGUACCAAUGGCUGGACAAGACCCAAUUACUGGACACUCCGGCUAACAUUUGACGAUACUAAGAGUAUAGUGGAUAACAAUUAAUAUUUUAGUAUAUCAAAGAUAUCAGCAGGGUCGUGUCGCUUCAGCCAUUGAAGCACAUCUCUAAGCCGAUGAGCUAAGGAAUGGCGAAUACUCUUUAACAUUAAAUGACCGUUAAAAUUUAUCUGAUAAUAUUUUACAACACAAUUUUCGUGUUCCGGCAUUGGGACCGACCGAUUGUACGCUUGUACCAGUGUCCAACGUAGUGUCCAGGCACUGGGGCGUAUAUGCGAAGUCGUUGAGACCCAAAGCCGGGACAUGACCACAACAUUGCUUCGUUGACGCCGGUGUGAGUUUACGUAGCAUCAAAUUAAUAAGACAAAGUAUCUACAUCCGUGUUAUACGUAUAAACAGUUAUCGGUAAGUACACAUACUGUAUCUUUCAAUUAUUCGAAACUAUAAAAUCACUGCGCGGAUAGUAUAGUAUUUGCAAAUUCGUUUAUCCAUCUUUCGAAAGAGGUUAUGUUGACACUUCCAUCGCUAUUUCUCAUAUAUUUAUCGCAACGUGAAAUUCAUGUAUAUAAUUGUUAUGAUGAAAAAAUAACAACAAACAUUUUAUAAGGACUUAAUGAAGUUUUCAAUGCCUCUAGAUUGAUGAAAAAAAAAUUCUUGAAAAAAUGCAUGCGUCAAGUCACCUUUCGCUGGUAAAACUUCACCUCAUUUUCUCAAAUUUUAUUUUUAGUUAUUGUUGUGGAAAACAUGUCGAAGGUGGCAUCAACGUCAUAUUCUCAAUCUGACGUCGAAAAGGCUGUGGAUGCAGUACGAUUAGGAAUGUCAUUGAGGACAGCGAGCAAAACUUUUGGCGUUCCGAAGAGUACAGUCUACAGCAAAGUAAAAAAUAUCCAUUCUAUGAAUGCCACACUGGGUCCAGCUUCUAUUUUGACUCCAGACGAAGAAGAUUUACUCGUCAAGUGGAUAUUCCAUUCCUCUGACAAAGGGUUUCCCGUAACGAAAGAUCAACUUCUUGACUCUGUCAAAAUAUUAAUAUUGGAGCUGAAACGAGACAACCCAUUCACCAACAACCGGCCGGGCCGACACUGGUAUGAAGGAUUCUGUCGAAGACAUCCCGAGCUUUUUGAGCGAGUGGCUCAGAAUUUGACGUAUAAUCGAGCAUCAGUUAUCGAACAGAAAUUAAAAAAUUGGUUCAAUGAAUUUUCUGAGUAUCUAACCGCAACGAAUUUGUUAAAUAUCGACCCGAAGAGAAUAUUCAACUGCGACGAAACUGCGUUUAUGUUGUGCCCUAAAGCAGAUCGCGUAAUUGUACGAAGAGGAGCGAAAGGAGUAUAUAAAGUAGUUGAUGCAGACGAAAAAGAAUGUCUCACGACACUUUUUAUGGUUAAUGCUGCUGGCACGAUGGUACCGCCCAUGGUAAUGUAUUGGUAUCAAAGAAUACCUGCCAGUGUAUCACAAAAUGUACCAUCAGGUUGGAGCAUCGGCACGUCUGAUCGAGGAUGGAUGACGAAGAGGUCAAAAGAAAGAAACCGCUACCGAAAAGAACUGAGACAGUCCCGAGCGUCGCUACAUUCGCGCUACAUUCGAGUGGCAGACGUACCAUCAAUCGAAGCAGGAAAAAAAACAGGUCGAGUUGCAGAAGAAAGAACAAAGGCUGAGAAGAAGACUGGAGGCACGAGAAGAAAAAAGAUUCAGCAGGAAAAAAGAAAACAGCUCCAAGAAGAAAAUAAAAGAAUACUGGCCCAAAAACAGUUGCAGAUAGAUGCAAUAAAGAGAGAGCUAGCUGAAAACAGGCAAUGCCAGAAAAAGACCGGAGCAAAACAAAAGAAGCAACGAGUAACAGAACAAUGAGCUAUUAUUAUUCAUUUAAUAUUCGUUAAGAACUUCGUGUGAGAACUUUCAUUAUUUUAUUACGAAUAUAUAUACGUUGUUUAUCAUAUUACUCAUUAAAUAUUCGAUAAGAACUUCGCAUUAUAUCUUUUAUUAUUUUAUUAUUAAUAUAUAUAUGUAUGUUUUUCAUCAUAUUGGCUGGUAAGAAUAAAAAAGACGCAACCCUCGCAUUAAAUGUUACGGAAUACACCUUUCUGACUCUUAGCAGUCGAUAUAUUAUCAUUAUCACUCGUUUAAUAAAAUAAUAUGAGUAUAAAAAAGUAUAAAGUAUAAAAACUAGCACAUACGUAAGUGUAAUAGCUCUUUUCAUGCAGAUGUUAUUACUAUUCAUCGGCGUCCAGCCAUACGUACAUCUGAUGUCCGGACAUCGGGACACACCGAUAAAUAGCUGUCCAGUAACUGGUACAUUUUUUUCUCCCAACGUUUUUGUUAAUAAAUAUGUUUCAAACUAUCGCAAAAGAAUUUAAUGGAUGGGUUUCGAAAACUAGAGACUCUAACCUUGAGAUUGAUCACCGUCAUUCCCCAAAACGAUCGACGCAUAUCGGUGAAAAUUAGAUUAGAAUACAAAUAUCGUCUUAAAUGUCCAGCCAUUGGUACGUUUACCUUAUACUUAAUCCUCUCUGUUUUAAAAACCUUAAUUCUAUAUUAGAUGGAAAAAAAUCGGCAUGUGCAAGUUUCAUUAAAACAACUUUUUUCCUGAAUGAUCUCUUUCUCUUACAUCCUUUACACGAAGAAGUACUGGUUCUUCUAAAAUUUCUUCGAGUAGCUGCCACCAGGGAUGAGAAAUUUGUUUCUUCUGGCGUUAAUUCGACGCAUUGGCUGCUAUUGUUAGUAAACGAUUUGAUAUCUCUCUCUCGUCGGCCAUUUUCUCUUGCAGUAUUUAUAUUUAGUAGCAACAAGAUUUCACAUACAUACGACACUACAUCGUUGCAAUAUUUCAUAAGGUAAAGUUACACGCGAAUACGCGGAAAAGGUACGCAGGCAACAUAUACCACUGAUAAGCAGGGUUGGAUACGCAUAAUACCUCAUGUUUUAUGCGCAGAGUUGUAUGCGCAGAAAACUCGAGUAUUCUGCGCAGAAAACUGAGCGAGGUUUUCUGCUGCAUAAAACUCCUCUUAUGCAGAAAACCUCCUUUAAGUGAAAAUGUCAAAUACAGGAGGAAGACCUUCUCAUGAUUAUUAUAUUGAAGGUGAAUUUAUCAGGGUCAGAGAAAAUGGAAAAUAUUUUGCAAUUUGCAAAUUAUGCAAUACAAGGUUGUGCACUACUGCAGUAAAACACCUGAAAACUCAUCGGUACGUACAAUAGUCAAGGGUAAAGUGUUCAACGAACAGCAAUGACAUUAAUGAAAAUGAUCUUGGGAAAAAAAGAAGUUAUAGCAGCAUCGAUGGUAAAAAUGAAAAUGAAUUAUUAGGCAAUAAGAAAUUAUUAGGCGAAUAUGAUGUUGUUGCAGGCAAAUGUAUAUUGGUAUUGCUAUAUAUACUUAGACGCAAACAAUAUUUUUUGUAUUGGCGGAGGAAUUUUUCCAGCCAUCAAUUAAAAGUAUAGAUUCUGUAUUCUUCAAAGACUCUUUUCUAGCGGCAAUCAUCUUUGUAUGAAAUUUAUCCAAGAUACUUGUAGAUAAAGUUUUCCUUGUCGGCAGUUUAUAAGUCGGAUUUAAAAUAGAUAUAAAAUUUUUUAAAUGUACCGAUUCUACGACAGAAAACGAUAUAUUAUAACCGAAAAAAAAUUUGGCCAAUGCUUCAUCAAUAGUAUUGAGGCCGUCGUUAAAAGAUUUUUGCACAUUAUCCGACGCAGUCUGGGCUGUAUCGUUGAGUGAUGAGUGCAUCUACAAAAAGGCAUAAAAUAUUUCAUUUGAAAUUUAAUAUUUAGAUUGUAGUUAAAGCCUAAUUUGAAAUACAUGAGUUGACUUACAUUA